AUGAAGUACUUUGUCGCGCGCCGCAAGUUCAAGGAGGCCUUGAAGCCGUAUGACGUGAAGGACGUCAUUGAGCAAUAUUCCGCGGGACACGUAGACUUGCUGGGCCGACUGAAGUAUUUUGUGGCUCGUAAGAAGUUUAGAGAGGCUCUGAAACCUUACGAUGUUAAAGAUGUCAUUGAGCAAUACUCGUCCGGGCAUGCGGAUCUCUUGAACAGAGUCAAAAACCUGCAGUUCAGGCUAGACCAGAUCCUGGGCAAGCAAGGGUCCAAAUCGAAGGACGUUUACGCGUCCAAGAUCAGCCUGGCCAGCCGCGUCGUCAAAGUUGAGCCUUAUCGAGCUGUACAUGGAGGACCGCAAGCGGCUGCUGGCGCUGCCGAUGGUGGCGCCGGGGCUGGCGGCGGCGGCGGCGGCCGCGGCGGCGGGCGCGGGGCGGGCGCGGGGCGGGCGCGGGCGCGUUCGCCGUGCGCUGCGGGCGCGGCGCCGUCCUCGCGCGCACACCCGGGCGGGGCGGGGGCGGCGGCGACGGCGGCGGGGGCGGCGGCGGACGAGGCGCUGGCGCCCGUGGCCGUGCUGCGGCCGAAGCCCAUCCUGGUGGACAAGCAGGCGUCCGAGCCGAACACGCCCAUCGCCAAGAGCUUCGAGCCGGGCGGCCCGCGCCCGCCGCUCAUGCACCGCGGCUACUCCGACCUCGGCCACCGCAUCAAGAAGCGA